CCUCUCGAUACGUCCAGUCGAACGCUUGAAAUGCCACGUACUCUCAAUCGCGACGGACGUUCAGCGAGCGCACUCCGUGCUCCAGGUGGCGCACAUAGGAAGGUUGCCACGAGAGACAUUGUGCCCUGUGGAUCCUUGUCUCAUAACAGGUAAGAUUUGACGAAACUCACACCAGCUCCGCAGCACACUUGUCGAUGCCUUCCUCGUCCGUUGAUGACCUUAUUCUCAUCGGAGGUCCAGACGCGUGGCGCCCAUCUCCCAGAACGACGCCAUGGCUCCCAAACACGCGCGAUCACAGAAAGCGUCGUCAGGCUCCAGGAAGAAAGCCAAGACGUAUUGCUGCGCGACUGGCGAGGUGCUGCGCGGGCUGAAUAGGUGGCACUGCGAUGGCGACGAAGUGAGCGAGGAGAACCCGCAAGAUAACAACUUGAAGCACGAGAACUGGUCGCAAAUUUACGCCUGCUAUACCCAACGCGCCGCAAACGUCCCACACGACUCCUUCAGCUUCUCCAUAACCACUAAACCCUCCUACCCCGACUGGAAUACCCUCAUAUCGCACGAAUCCUUUGUCUUCCCCAACCCCCAGCGCCGUCGCAAGCAUGACCUCGUGCUUCGCAAGCACGCCCUUGUGUGGGUGCACUUCGAAGACGACUCCGAAGCGACCUCCGAAAACCUUGCCAUUGUGUUGGAUAUUCGAUAUCCGCUCGUCCACAUCCUCUGGGCGUAUACGAAGGACGACGCGCGGGCAUGUAAACCUGCAGGCAAAGGCAAAGGCAGGCGCCCGCCUGUGGACGUGGCUGCGUGGCCGCCACCAGAUAAGCGUGGUAACUCGUUUGUCCUCUCUUCGCACGCCGAAGUCGUGCACUGGUGCAACCUGGCGGACGUCUCGUCUGCGGAGGAUCUUGCGAUACUAGCAUGCCCGCAGCGGGUGCUGCACCCUGGCGUCAAGAAGAUGGAGUUUGUGAAGGUGAACUUGGACAGCAGCGUAUGCGCCGUGGCGGGCGCGAUUCGAGCGAGUCUAGGGCACGCUGACUCCCAAAACGACUGCCUGAUGGACCAUCGGGGCGGCCGGUGCGCGAUGCAGCGUGCAGUCGACAUGCCCGGCUCCACGAACGAGCGCCAUACCGACGUCGAAGGCCACGUAGACGACGGAUCUGAGGACGAAGCUGAAGCCGACGCCGACUCAACCGCGCCAGCCGCCCGCACAACCACCCCUCCCUCGCCUUCGCUCCGCGCGAACGAGAGCGAAACCCUCCCAGCUGCCGCCGACAGCGACAACGAAGAUCCGGACGGGCUCGAAUCGCCGCCUAGUCCUCGACCCGAGCAUC